UAUCAGGGUUGACCAGGCAGAAAGGGCUUGGUCGGGGUGUCACCGGUCUGUCCGUGUGCCUCUGGACGUCAGAUAACCUGGCUCACGACGCUGCUGCCGCUGAAGCCCCGUAGAUGAAUCUCCUCCUCGGCUAUGCUGCCCUGAGAGCGCCGCGAGUAUCCGCCCUGCCAAAAUGUCUGAUGUCAACAAGACUAUUCAGAAAUGGCACGCCAGUUUUAAGAAAGGCACAGACUUUGACUCGUGGGGACAAUUAGUGGAGGCUAUAGAUGAGUACCAAAUACUGGCAAGACAGCUGCAAAAAGAGGUCCAGUCAGCCAAUUCAUCAGACUUUACAGAGGAGCAGAAGAAAACUUUAGGCAAGAUCGCAACAUGCCUGGAGAUGAGAAGUGCCAGUUUGCAGUGCACUCAGUCAAACGAGGAGUUCAAGUUAGAAGACCUGAAGAAACUGGAAACCAUAAUAAAGAACAUACUCACCUAUAAUAAAGAGUUUCCUUUUGAUGUCCAGCCGGUGCCUUUAAGGAAAAUCCUCGCUCCGGGUGAGGAAGAGAACCUCGAGUUGGAGGAAGAGGAGGAUGCUGCAGCAGGAGCAGGUUCAACAGAGGCAUUCCCUCCGCGAGCUCCUGCUUCACAAGGUACCUUGUUGCCACGGUUACCCUCAGAACCUGGGAUGACUCUCCUCACAAUAAAGAUUGAGAAAAUCGGGUUGAAGGAUGCAGGGCAGUGCAUUGAUCCUUAUAUGACCAUCAGUGUUAAAGAUUUGAAUGGCGUCGAUUUGAACCCAGUACAGGACACCCCUGUUGCCUCCAGAAAAGAAGACACUUACAUUCACUUUAGCGUGGAUGUAGAAAUCCAGAGACAUGUAGAGAAACUACCAAAAGGAGCAGCUAUCUUCUUUGAAUUCAAGCACUACAAGCCUAAAAAGAGGUUUACCAGCACAAAAUGUUUUGCCUUUAUGGAAAUGGACGAGAUCAAACCCGGGCCGAUCGUAAUUGAACUGUACAAGAAGCCAACAGACUUCAAGAGGAAGAAACUGCAGCUUCUCACAAAGAAACCACUCUAUCUCCACCUUCAUCAGACAUUACACAAAGACAGCUAAGUCCAAGCACGCCUCAAAACCACCCCGGUUAAUUCCCCCACACAUCCAGCAAAAUGUGGCGUCUCCUCCUCAUCAUCACAUCCAGCAAUAGCAACUGGAAGCUGUGGUGUUUCACAUCAGUGUGUGAAGAGAGAAAUGUGAACUGAGCCAGACGUUAGUCACAUCAGCUCGCGCACACACCUUUUUCUUUUCUGUUGCAGGAAAUCCAUUUUUUAAUUUCCUGGGGUUUUAUAGGCCAGCAGUAGCAUGUUGAAGCAGCUUAAACCACCUCGUGUUCAGUCUUCCUUACAAAGCCCACAGAUUUUUGGGAAAUAGGGACACAAAAGUGAUGUCACUUGAGCCGAUGUUAGAUUUAGAGAUUUGGCUCAUCGUGUUUGUCCCCACUAGACUCUGGACUUUUAAACAUGAACCAGCAAAACAUUAACCCCUAAACCACACCACACAGGAACAAUUAGCCCCUUGAUGCAUUGUCAGUCUCUUGUGUUCAUGCCUGGGUUGCUUGUUGCUGUUACAUACAGUUUUAACCAUGGACAGUUACGUUUUCUUUUCAAUGAUUUAAAUUUAGUCUAUCUAACUAUCUGGAUUUAUUGAGUGGCAUAUGGCAAAGUUAGCACAACUGAACAUCAACAGCAGAGCCACAAAAAGUGCUAAAUUCCCAGAGUCUGGGCUAAUCUCUGUAGCCAGGAAUGUCUGCAUAAUCUUUUACAGUGUGUAAUUAUUCAUAACUCAUCUGACACAGUUAUACAUAUGAAAUUAUAAAACAAAGAUCAACAUUUUCUAUUAACUUUCUUGCCUCAUUUCUAUCUUUUAAAAUUGAGAUUUGCUUUGAAUGAAUCAAUGAAAAGGGUCCAGAAAUGUAGCUUGUUGUUCUGUUGACCUUCAAUUUAUUUUUAGCAUUAACAUCUAUAACUUUAAUUUUGCUUUAAUUUAUACACAAAUUUAUAUUAUUUAAUUUUGGUAAAUACAUUUGCGUGCUUUUUUUGACAAAGUAAGACGAACACACUGAUAUCACUCAUACUUGCACGGUGAAUAUGAAGCAAACACCAGCAGCCCAGCUUAAUGUAACAUAAAAUCUGCCUUGCAGGGAGUCUUACUAACAUGUUUAUUCUACCUGAAGUGUCAAUGUGUUUCUUUAAAAUGACAAGAACACAUUUAAACUCACUCUAACUGAACGCUAAACCUAUUUGAAUGACAGUUAUGACAUGUUUAGUGUUCAUUCAGCAGUGGCAUUUUUUUAAAAAUGUAAAUGGUGCACUUAUAUGUUAAUACAUUAAAGCUUUUCUACAUUUUAAUAGGUUGGAAAGUUAUGUGUUCUUAUUCAUUUUAAGAACUGUGUUGGAAUUCAAAUGCUCCCCAUUAUUCAGUGUUAAGUCUUCAGUAUGGUUUUAGUUCAGUGUGCUUACAUCCUGUCUAGACUAUGAAUUUGUAAAGAACUAAAUGGAUGCAGCAUAGUUUGCAUGUUGUGUUUUAAGACCAUUUUUUAAAAGAAACAUUGAGUCUUGCAGAUCAAGAUGUUUUAUGUGUACAGAAGAGAAGCUUCUAAGAGACUGGUCAGGGGAGAAAAAUCUCUAAUACUGCAGUAACUUUCCAUUCUGUGGCAGCACGACUUCUUCACUGACAUUAACGCUGUAAUAUUUGCUUUUAGAUUUAAUUUUUUUUAUCACAAAAAUCCAGACUGUAAAUGAACCAUUUGACUAACUGAUGAAUUAACAGUGAAUGUGUGUAUGAAGUGCAGCAGUUUCGGGUUGUUUUCGUUUUGUUGACAUGUUGAUGAUAGCUUUGUCAAACAUUUACAAUGCUUUUUAUUUCUAAUAAACUACAAAUGAGGCAG